AUGGUCGCAGAGAAGAACGACGAUGGCCAGGAAAGCCGAUUCUGGUCAAGAAAGAAGAAGCAGAAUCGCAACUCUCAGACCGACUCGGAGGACUCGCUCAAACGACCGGCGAAGUGGAGUUUGGGCAUCUUGAACGACAGGGAGACAGACGAGGUACCUGGCUCUGUUCUACUGCUCUCAAAAGUGUCGAAUCGCAAUGAGCCUCUUGGUCUCCGCAACACACCCGCCAGGACGUCGACCUCGUCUUUACCCUCGCCCUUCCCUUACAACUCACAAUCUCGAAAUGGCUCUCUCGCUCCCCACUCUCGUGCCGGCUCCAUCGUGCCUCCAACCCCGGAUAAGAAACAGACUGGAGAUGGCAUUGUGCUCGAACCACAACCAGACGAAUCCUUGAACGAUCCGUUGAACUGGCCCAAAUGGCGUAGAGAUUGCGCUCUACUCUCGCUAGGCUUCUUCUGCAUGCUUGGUGGAGGUAUGACCCCCGUCCUCGCUGCAGGCUUCGUCAACGUUUCGGAAACCUAUGGUGUCUCAGUGCCUCAGGUAGCCUUGACGACUGGUCUUUAUAUGUUGGGACUUGGCCUCGGUAGUGUCGUUGCUUCGCCCACCGCCAUUUUGUACGGCAAGAGACCUGUAUACCUGGUUGCCUCGGUCAUAUUCGUCCUCUCUGCUGUGUGGUGCGCUUUGUCGCCCAACUAUACCUCUCUUGUACUCGCCCGUAUCUUCAUGGGCAUGGCUGUCAGUCCUGUGGAAUGUCUGCCAUCGGCCACAAUCGCCGAAAUCUUCUUCUUGCACGAACGUGCCUACAGACUGGGUAUUUACACCCUGCUCCUCCUUGGUGGUAAGAAUCUUAUUCCACUGGUGAGUGCUGCCAUCAUCGAGUCGCUUGGCUGGCGAUGGGUCUUCUGGAUUGUGGCUAUGGUUGUCUCAUUUGGUGCGGUAUUGCUGUUCCUCUUUGUUCCCGAGACCUUCUGGGAUCGUACACCAAGGCCAUCAAGACAUUCGCACAAACACCACAAGCCGAGACUGAUGAGCAACAUCUCACUGGCCUCCAUCUUCCAUCGUGGUCAUGCCGAUACUCAUGCACAUGAGGCUGCUCCUGAGUUGGAGAAGGGACAGAAGUCAACGUUCCCCGACAUUGAAAGCCCUACCAAGGCAAAAGGAGAGAAGCGAUUGUCAAGACACGCCCACUUCAGCGAACCUGAUGACGAUGAGGUUGCACCCGAAGACAGCGGCAAGCUAAAUGUACCAGCCUUGAACCUCCCGUCUCCCGAAGCAUCGGAAACACCUGAGCCUCAGACUCCACAACAUGUUCAGCCGAUUACUUCGCUGCAAAUUCCAUCUCCUAGUACGCAGCUUGCCUCGCCCGGGACUCAGCUUUCUCCUACUGCAAGUGCGUUGUCCCCUGGAUCGGUGCAUCUUUCGCCAGGGCCUCAACAUCUAUCGCCAGGAGACGAUCCAUUCGUAUCUUAUAGAUCUCCAACCGAUAUCAAUCACAUGAGAUCUAACAGUGCUCAAUUCGAUAGCAUCCCUCCCUCUCCUGGCCACUCAAUCGACGCGAGCAACCCUGGACUAAUCUAUACAUCUUUCUACCGCGCCGCACCUCCCAAAUCCUUCGUCGAGACCUUGAAACCCUACGCCGGUCGUCUUUCUCAAGACUCCUGGGGUAAAGUUGCCCUCCGCCCCUUCAUUCUCUUUGCCUACCCUGCCAUCCUCUGGUCCUCGCUCGUCUACGCACUUUCAGUCGGUUGGCUGAUUGUCCUCUCCGAAUCCGUCUCGGUCAUCUACGAGAACCGUGAAACGUAUCACUUCACCUCCCUUCAAGUCGGUCUCGUCUACAUUUCCCCCUUCAUCGGCGGCAUUCUAGGCACCGCUGUCGCCGGCCGCUUCUCCGAUGUAAUCGUCCGCUGGAUGAGCAGAAAAAAUGACGGUGUCUAUGAACCUGAGUUCCGUCUCAUCAUGGCCAUUCCUGUUACCAUCAGUACCGUUAUCGGGCUUAUGGGAUAUGGAUGGAGUGUUUCCGAACACGAUGCCUGGAUUGUCCCUACCGUAUUCUUCGGCAUCAUCAGCUUUGGCUGCUGCGUGGGAAGCACCACCGCCAUCACCUUUGCCGUGGACAGUUAUCGCCAAUACGCCGGAGAAGCGCUGGUAACCUUGAAUUUCUCAAAGAACGUUUUCCACGGUCUGGUGUUUUCCCUCUUCUUCAACCGCUGGUUGGAAAGCGAUGGUGCUAAGCCUGUCUUCCUCGCGCUCGGCGGCAUUCAAUUGGGUUGUUUGCUCUUCACGAUACCCAUGUAUAUUUAUGGCAAGCGUGCUCGCAUGUGGACUGUCAGAAAAAACUUGAUGGAAAAGUUUUAG